AUGUUCUACACCCGCUCGUUACUGCUGGCGUUUGGUGCAGCCGCUGGAGCAGCAUCCUCAAAGCGCGGUCUGGUUUUCGUCCCAAAUUCCCAAUGGCCCGAAGACAACAACGUGUGGGUUCAGUCAGGGUCAGAUCUGACAUGGUACUACAACUAUGGCUCUACACCAUCGUCUGCCUUUACCGGUCACUCCCAAGAAGACUUUGAGUUCGUGCCAAUGCUGUGGGGUGCCAUCAGCGGCACGUCUUUCCUCGACGAAGUAAACGGGCUCAUCCAGGGCGGUGUCAACAUUUCGCACGUCCUUGGCUUCAAUGAACCGGAUGGCGAAUCUUCGACCGGUGGCAGCAACAUUACUCCCGCGAGAGCCGCUCAGGUCUGGGUGGAUAAUAUUGAGCCGUUGGCAGCGAAGGGGAUCAAGCUUGGAUUGCCAGCCUGCACUGGAGGGUGGAAUGGUAUUCCGUGGCUGCAACAGUUCCUUGCCAACUGUUCGUCACUCGUUAGUACAGACGCCGAGACAAAGAACUGUACUUACGACUUCGUCAACAUCCACUGGUACGGCAAUUUUGAAGGCCUGGCAAGCCAUAUGGGCUCAUACUCCGCCGCUUUCCCCAAUGUAACCCAGUGGAUCACCGAAUAUAAUCUUGACAACCAGGACCUCUCAACGACGCAAAGAUUUUUCAAUACGUCCGCGGAAUACUUUGACCGCCUGGACUAUGUUGGUCGCUACAGCUACUUCGGCUCAUUCAGGUCAAAAGUUAGCAACGUUGGCGAGAAUGCAGUCAUGCUGAACAACGCCGGAAAACUCACGGACAUAGGCUCCUGGUACCUAGGUGUAUCAGCCACCGGAGUUUUGCCUACAUCAGUCGCAGGAAAAGGGUACUCACCCAUGGCUAUGGCGUCUGUGGUCGCUCUCAUUAGUGUCAUGGCGUUGUUUGGUUGUUGA